CUUUACCCGCUACUUACUCGUUCGAUUUUCUUUUCUUUAGUUUUAGCUGUUGUUUCCCUCCCAGACUCGUUCAAUUGAAUUCUUGUGGUGCCUUUCCCCUCCAUUAUGAAGCGAAACCCAUGAGAGAGAACAGGUGCUUGCUAUGUUUUCCGGAUCGCCCAAUGGCGCCUCAGUCAUCCCAUCGCGCCAUGGCCUUCGAGUCCUUAGAAGCCUGGCUCUGACGGGAAAUUCAAAUUCAACAGUGGGGAGGUGUUACUGCACAAGCGCGGCUCUCACAUACGCCUACCAUGUCCAGCGCAGAUGUCUUCCUAGACGAGUCAUUGAGACGAGCCGCCGAGCCUUCCACCCGUCCGCUCCCGUGCACGAUGCGACGUCUGCAGCCCAGAAUCUAGUCCAGGUGUUUCAGCCGGCGGACAAGGGGGAUGUCUAUUCUUCCGCAGCCUCCAGGAAUGGGGACGCAAAGGUUGAAACCGCAGAACGAAUCACCCGUUACCCAGAUACCUUCAAGGCUAUGAUCUCCGAAGAGAAAAAGCUACAGGCUCUCCUUGAUGAUAAUAAACCUAUCGAGGCGGCGGAGCUGUUUUUGGCCCAGCACCCGUCUUCGCUACCACGACUAGCCACCGAGAAGCGGCACAUCGCUGCGCAGAUAUUCUUGGUCAAUUGCAGAGAGGAGAAUGUAUUCGUGGCUAAGAGCGUGUUUGAUCGGUUGGAUAGUGUGGACCAAGUUUCGCGGAGCAUGUGGCGGAUGUUGAUCAUUGCGCUGGCUAAGAAGGGCUGUAUUGAAUCUGUCGCUACGCUUUACCUACGAUUCAAAGAUCAUUUUGACGUGCCGCCAGAGCUCCUGGAAAUCAUUAUCCGAAGUCUCAUUGAAACACGCAGAUUGACCACAGCAAAAUGGCUCCUUUACAGAAGUUUGCAGUACGACAGAUGGUGCGGUCUAAUUGGAGUCUUCCUAAGGGGUGUCUGGAAGAGGACUCGGAGUAUGGAGCUCUUGGAGUCACAAAAGGAGAAGAUACUAUCGCUCUUACCACGUUUCGGGAAGAAGCCCACCGAGAAGCUGUUCAAUCCCGUAAUUGAAGCAUACAUUGAAUUUGGCAAAGUUGCCGAAGUUUCAGCGGUGAUGGAAGAGAUGCAAACGCAGCACGGCCUUCGUAUCAGCUGCCGUACAAGAGGUCUUCUGGCAUACAGUCUAGCCCUUCGGUGUGACUGGGAGGGUGUCAAGCGUGAGCUGGAUGACAUGCAUGCCCUCAAGCUGACUCGGGACAAGAAGAAUUUUGCACGCGCUUUUGACCGUUUGCUCCUGGAGUAUUGGGUGUCCCACACGGGCGCUGAAAUCCAUGCUUUCGUCAUGGAAGCUGUCGAUAAAUAUAGGCUGCGUCCGGAUAAAGUUCUUUACAAACAUAUUCUCGAGGCAUAUAUCGAGAAGGGCAAUCGGGAUAUGGUGGAUGAGAUCAACAGAAUUGCCCGCGAGCGUUCUUGGGGAGUAGAAGUCAGCGAUGAAGAAUUUCUGGACAUGUUACGUGCCCGGCGGUUGGCAGUCGAGUUAUCGCCUGUGGGCGCCUGGAAAAUGCUCCGGGCCACGCGAAUGGUAUAUGGCCAGGCUGCCACCUCGCGGCAGAUCUUGGGUUACGACCAGACCUCUUUCCCCGUGGCCUCAGUCAACCAGAUGCCAGUCACGGGGGAGGCCCUAGCUUGGUAUCACAAGACGUUCCAGCAGCGAUUACCAUCGCGGCCGGUGGAUCAGUUCCAAAACUUGGAAUUGCAGAUGGCAUAUUUCAUGCACGUUGGCAAGCUAUCAGUCGCAUUGAAGAGCUUCUAUGAUGCAAAGAAUGCGGGAAAGCACCUGAAGCAGCUGCAUGUGGAGUUAGCGGUCGUUGCGACUUUGCUUUUGAACGGCCUUGAUGCGGCCCGGGCGGUCAUCGAUGACCUCUGGCCAACUGUGCAGCACGAGGCUCAGUCUUUCCCCAUUUUCUUCCAUCAGAUCAAGGGCGUGGGGCCGGAAGACGAACAGGAAUUAAUGAAGCUUGGGAUUUUUCAGUUCUACAGCCUGUGUCGGCUGAAUCCGCGGGUACAAAUCAAGCACCAUAUAACCAUCGCGACGAGUCGGCGGUUGAUCCUGAACAACCAGCCGGCGCGGGCUCUGGAUCUCCUAGUGUCUGUUUACAAAUCCCGCUACGGCCGCAUUGACAAGUUCAACGGCACAUGCAUGAAAAUGUUCGUGCGUGCCUUUGCAGCGCAGAGGGACCUCCACGGAGUGCGGUGGUGCCUCAUAACCAGUCUUGCGCGAGGCACGGCGCUGAAUCGGGAGAUGGUGGUGGAAGCGCGUCGAGUCAUAAUGCAACUGAAACUAGACUCGAAGGAUCGUGGCAAUGCAGAACUCAUCAGGAAGCUAGCAUACCUGGAGCACGUCGCAGACAUGGUGGAGAAGAAGAGCCUGGGCGACAGGACCAUUCCCAGCUUCAGGAGCGUCCCUGGGGUCAAACGGUAUUUCCGCCGGACGGAGCUAAAUUGGCACCGCACCGACAGCUACCAGUUCGAUACGAAGAACCUGGGAAAGACCGUGAGGCAGUGGGACGAGGAGUACGAGCUGGCUAUCGUCCUUGGCGAAAUCCAACCGUCGUCGGAGUCGGUGAGCGCCAUGUGGCCUGAGAGAAACGUACUCGAGGAGGAAGAUCUGGCCUUCUUUGGGAUUCCGGCUGCUGGGAGACGGGGGACGUAUGAUGUACAGCUGUAGGUAGGAGGGGAUAUCUAUAACUACUUCUGUCUUGCUUGAUGUCGCAACGGUAUCGGGGGUAUUUCCUGGAGAUAAUGGCGAUAUUUUACAAUACUUUGACCCCGUCUGUCCUCUGCAAGACAGACGGUGAGUGUGUAUAUAUAUAGAUAUAACCAAAUGCAUGAUGCCGCCUUUUUUGUAAGAUGAUUCUUG